UGUUACGUAACGCGUUGUUCCUCUCUAGCUACGUUCGGAAUGUCCUCUUCUCGCUUCGUUAGCCAGAGCUAUUUGGUUAGCUAGAUAUUUUGUUAGCUAUAUAUUGGACACCUUGUACGGGAUAUAUGGACGUGAUGGAUUGAUAUAACAGGCGAAAACAAUCUGGCAGUAGCAUCAACAUCUUUUUUUAAGUGCAACUAUGUUCGGUCGGUCACGGAGUUGGGGAGGAGGGCAGGGGAAAACUAAAAAUAUUCAUUCCCUGGACCAUCUUAAGUAUAUGUACCAUGUCCUAACUAAGAACACGACAGUAACAGACAGCAACAGGAACUUGCUGGUGGAGACCAUUCGCUCCAUCACUGAGAUACUCAUCUGGGGAGACCAGAACGACAGCUCCGUCUUCGACUUCUUCCUGGAGAAGAAUAUGUUUGCGUUCUUCCUGAAUAUCCUUCGUCAGAAGUCCGGUCGUUACGUCUGUGUCCAACUGCUCCAGACACUCAACAUCCUGUUUGAAAAUAUCAGCCACGAGACGUCGCUCUAUUACCUGUUGUCCAACAACCACGUCAACUCCAUCAUCGUUCACAAGUUUGACUUCUCAGACGAGGAGAUCAUGGCCUACUAUAUCUCCUUCCUGAAGACCCUGUCACUCAAACUGAACAAUCACACCGUACACUUCUUCUAUAACGAGCACACUAAUGAUUUUGCCCUGUACACCGAGGCCAUUAAGUUCUUCAACCACCCAGAGAGCAUGGUCCGUAUCGCAGUCAGAACCAUCACACUGAACGUCUACAAGGUGGACAACCAGCACAUGCUCCACUACAUUCGAGACAAGACGGCGGUUCCGUACUUCAGUAACCUGGUCUGGUUCAUCGGCUCCCACGUCAUCGAGCUGGACAAGUGUGUUCAGACAGACCAAGAGCAUCGUAACAGGGGGAAGCUGAGUGACUUGGUAGCAGAACAUCUCGACCACCUCCACUACCUGAACGAUAUCCUGACCAUCAACUGUGAGUUCCUCAACGAUGUCCUGACGGACCACCUGCUCAACCGUCUGUUCCUGCCUCUCUACGUCUUCUCUCUGGUCUGCCCUGAACAGUCUGAAGAUCGGAAGAUCAACCCUCAGGUGUCCCUUAACCUGCUGUCACAGGUGUUUCUCAUCAUCCACUACCAGCCGCUGGUCAACUCUCUGGCUGAAGUCAUCUUCAACGGAGACCUGUCUGUCUUCACACAACACAAAAACACGGUCAGUGCAGGCGUCCGUCUGUUCACCAAGCCUCCUGAGUCUCUGGAGCGGUCUCUGGAGCUGUCCUGUCAUCGGGGGCGCAAGCGGGCCCAGAAACGCCCCAACUACAAGAACCUGGGAGAGGAAGAGGAAGAGGAGAGGCCGGGGGGAGGAGAGGAGGGCUUAGAGGACAGCGAGAGAGAGAGGGAGAAGGCUAAAGAGAUAGAGAUGGUGGUGAUGGACAAGGGGAAGGUGUCGGAGACGUCGUCAACGGAGACGGAACAGAAUAUCACCGAUGAGGAGAAGACUGCUGCCGCUGCACGAACACAGAGGAAGAGACCGUUCCUAGACAUGGUGUACAGUGCUCUAGAUUGUAGUGAAGACGAUUACCAUGCUCUGUUUGUUCUCUGUCUACUCUACGCCGUGUCACACAGCAAAGGUAUCAACCGUGAGUUGUUGGAGAGACUGCAGCUGCCAGUCCCGGACCAGGAGAGGAGCUGUUACAGCCAGGUGUUGGUGGAGAGACUCAUACGGGUGAUAAACGUGGCCGCACAACCAGAUGGUAAGGUACGUCUGGCUACUCUGGAGCUGAGCUGUCUGCUGUUGAAACGGUCCGUUCUCUCCUCCUCCUCCUCCUCUUCCUCCUCUCCUGCUCACUGCAUCAUCAAAGACGUACACCUGGCCUGUCUAGAGGGAGCCAGAGAAGAGAGUCUGCAUCUCCUAAGGCGAUUCUAUAAGGGGGAGGAGAUCUUCCUGGACAUGUUUGAAGAUGAGUACAGGAGCAUGACGAGUAAGCCCCUGAACGUGGAGUAUCUGAUGAUGGACGCCUCCGUUCUACUUCCUCCUACUGGAACUCCGCUGACUGGAAUAGACUUCGUUAAGAGACUGCCGUGUGGAGGAGUAGAGAAGACCAGACGGGCCAUCCGUGUCUUCUUCAUGCUGAGAUCGUUAUCUCUUCAGCUGCAGGGAGAACCAGAGACGCAGCUUCCUCUCACACGCUCCGAAGACCUCAUCAAGACCGACGAUGUUCUGGACCUAAGUAAGACUGUGUGUGUGUGUGUGUGUGUGUGUGUGUGUGUGUGUGUGUGUGUGUGUGUGUGUGUUAAGCUCUGAAGACCUCAUCAGUAAGACUGACCAUGUUCUAGAGCUCAUCAAGACUGACCAUGUUCUAGACCUCAUCAAGACUGACCAUGUUCUAGACCUCA